UACAACCCUUAUUGGAUAAGCAUGUAGCAUAAAGUAUUUUAUUUCAUUUAAAUAUGAUCAAAAUUAAGUAAUUAACACUGUUCUCCAGUCGCUUAAUAAUCUGUCAUCUCAAAUUAAAAUUUGGUAAAACUUUUAGAGGACUGGGUGCUGCAUAGAGUCAGAAGUCAAGCUAUGUACCUGCAAUAUAAAAAUGGAUUAAGUACUAAAAGGUAAAGUAUACUAAACUCAACUUUAGCUCCUGAUGACAGGAUGGACACAAAGAUAUUUAUUUUAUUUUUAUUUGUUUAUUUUCAUCAAGCAUGUAUUUUAUGACAGAUACAAGGGUAACAGAGGUGGGUUUCAGCAGGUUCUGACCAGUUCGAGAACCGGUAGCGGAAAUUUUGAGUAGUUUGGAGAACCGGUAGUAAAAAUUCUGACUGGCCCCACCCCCAUCCAUUCUCUGCCCCCCCAAGUCCCAGCUGAUCCGGAGGGAAUGGAGAUUUUACAGUAUCCUUCCCCUGCCACGCCCACCAAGCUACACCCACAGAACUGGUAGUAAAAUUUUUUGAAAUCCACUACUGAAGUGUAAACAUAAUUAUAAAUACAUGUAAAGGGUACGAAUAAAAGAAAACAUUAGGACAGUAGGCACACUGGUGCGUUUAUGCAUGCUUAUUUGACAGUAAUAAAUAAAUAAUUGCUUAUUUGACAGUAAAGCCGAGACCAAGAGAGAAUGCUAUAAAAAGCAAGAGAGCUUCCCCUUCGCUUCUUCGAGUAUUUUUAAAAAAAAACUUAUUUCUCAGUCCAAGCUACAACUGAGAUUUCCUAACGGUCUUCCAUCCAAAAAGUAACCAGGCUUCACGCUGAUAGUUCUGCCCUCGCCUUUUCCGAACACCUGAGCGAAUUCAUUUCCCCUUUUGUUUUCAAUGCGGUCCUACCAUUACUGAGCGUGAGUAGGGACUGACAAUAAGUUAUCCGUUUCCCUGUUUUUCUUGUACGAGUAGGUGCCUUCUCGUCCUGCUCUCAAGCCAAGGCGCAGCAAAGAGAAGCCCAAGAGGCGAACCUUUCCACGCGGCCGUACAGCGCUCAAUCUCCUCCGAGAGCGAUUGCGCCAUCGCCAUGUGGGGGCGCGCGUUUUUCGCUUUCCCUUUUUUUUUUCCCCCCUAGCGCGCCCAACGGGCAUCUUGUCCUCGGCGGCGUGAGCCAAUGGCAGGCGGGGAAGCCUUUCCUAUACCCGAUGACGACAACGAGGCACAGAAGAGCGCGCAACCAAACCCCGCAUCGGUCACGGCGACCCGAAAGCUGCCAGGGAGAAGCUGGCCGUUUUUUUUUUGUUUUUUUUUUGCCUUCCUAGCCUUGCUCGGCGCUUUGUGAGCGACGCCAACCGCCGCCAUUUUGUGAGCGUGUCCAGCCUCCGCCCCCACCCCCAUCCAUUCCGCGCGCGCCAUUGGUCCCCCAUUUUUCCCGUCUUUCUCUCUCUCUUGUUAGUGAGCGAGCGGGCGGGCGGGCGCCAUGUUUGUAAGGAAGACAUAAUCAGAGCAGCUCAUCUCUCCGGCCAACGUGUCCCGUCUUCCUCCCUUCCGCUCUGCCUGUUUCUUCCUGCUGCCUCCUUCCUCCGUAUGGUCUGUGUGUACCGAACUCCUCCUCAUAAGCUGCAUUUAACUCCCAUCUCUUUUUUCUCCCCGUGAGAUGCAGGACAGCCCCCCCUCAGGCGGCCGUUAAAAAAAUGCCCCUCCGUGUAGCGUAUGUUUGUGUUCCCCCCAAUUCAGUAAAUCCGUGAGGGAAGUCUCGUUCGCCGCUGCACGGGGGGACGGGACACCUCGCGUCGUCCAGCCUUGUAGACGCAGCGCCGCCGCUCCCUCGUUUGAGUGUGUGUGUGUGUGUUUUUUUUGUGUGUGCGCACGAGUGCGCGCCGCCUCCACCUCCUCUCCCUGCGCCCUACGACUGGCAGCAGCGUCCUGCCUUCCUCCCCCCUUCCUCCUCCUCCCUGCACACAGGCACAGCCAGCACAAUGGCCUUUGAAAGCCUAUUCUCCAAGCCCCCAAACCCAGUUCUUGACCAAAACAUGCCCGACUCUGACAGGCAACAUGCAGGGGACGAAAGAGAGGAUGGUGAACUUGAAGAUGGUGAAAUAGAUGAUGCUGGACUUGAAGAAGAUAAGGAAGAAAAAGGCACAAAAGUUGAAGAUAAACCUAAAAAUGAAAAAUCUCAUAGAAAAUCACGAAAGAAGCGCAAAAAAGAAAAAGAGAAGAAAAAAUCAAAAAGGAGAAGGCGAGAUAAACACAAGCAUAAUUCACCUUCUAGUGAUGAUAGUUCCGACUAUAGCAUUGACUCUGAUGCUGAACGUACAGAAAGAUCUCAUAAGAAAGGAGCUGGUUUCUAUAGAGAUUAUGAGUCUUCAUUCCUUCAGCAUGGGCAUAUUUCAGGAAAAUAUAACCCUUCACCGAAGACACAACAUAAUAAAAAAUCAAAAAGCAAAGAUUAUGAUAAUUACAGUGAUGAUUUUGGCUACAAUGAAGAUGAAAAAGAAGAUUUUGCUGAGCAGUUAAAGCAAUAUAGACAAGCGAAAGAGACUAAUGAGUUAGAAGCUCCAAUUUCAAAAGAACCAGGGAAAAAGCAAGGGAUGAAAGGAAUUCACAAAGGUGCUACACAAACAAGCAAUAGUUAUGGUAUUGGCCGAGGGCGCAGCAUGCAAAAGAAACUGAAACGCAAAGAUCGUGGAAGAGGAAGAGGGGUAAAUAAAGGAUCUGAGGAAGAAAUGAAGCCAGUAAAGAAAUGGCCAACUAUGAGUCAAGCAUUCAUAAACCAGCAUACGGUGGAACACAAGGGAAAACAAAUUUGUAAAUAUUUCUUAGAAGCCCGAUGUAUUAAGGGAGACCAGUGUAAAUUUGAUCAUGAUGCAGAAAUAGAAAAGAAAAAAGAAAUCUGUAAAUUUUACAUUCAGGGUUAUUGUUCCAAAGGAGAAAACUGCAUUUACAUGCAUAAUGAAUUUCCUUGCAAGUUCUAUCAUACAGGAGCAAAAUGCUACCACGGUGACAAAUGUAAGUUUUCUCAUGAUCCUCUAACUAAAGAGACAAAAGAACUGCUUGAUAAGGUACUGAAUACUGAAGAUGAGCCUCAGAAUGAUGAUGAAAAAGAAGUGGAAGAACUUAGAAAACGUGGCAUAGUUCCUCUUCCUAAGCCACCUCCAGGGGUUGGACUCUUGCCCACCCCACCAGAGCCAUAUUCAUUUAUGGAGGAAGAUGCAGAAAACUUUCAGGAUCCCUCUGGCGAAUUCAAGAAAAUUACGUUUUUGUUUAUUUUUUAUUUAAUUAUCUCUUUUUUCCUUGUAGAUGAUAAUGUAAAUUGGUACUCUAGUAGUGAAGAAGAAGAAGGAAGCAGUGUUAAAUCCAUACUGAAGACUUUAAAAAAACAAAGUGAAACGUUUCGAAGUCAGCAGUCAGCAGAUCAGCAACUGCGUGUUAUGCCAGUUGACCCAAGACUUGCUAAGGAACGUGGUUCAGGAAACCAGGCUGUUGAUCCAAGACUCAGAUCAGCUUCAAGAUCAAACACUAGGAAAUCAUCAGAAUCAGGAGUCUUGGACCCAAGGCUUACACGAGAUCCAAGAACCUUAAAGGGUAAUGAAAGCAGUCAUGGAAGCUCCUCUACUAGUGGAGCAAAACUGGAUGUGCAUUAUCCACAGCCUGUUGUCAAAAUCACGCAAAAAGGAUUGGAUGACGAUGAUGAAGAUGCUGAAAGAGAGUUAAGAGACAGAGCUUUUCUCAUACCAUUGGAACCUCUUCCUGGAGUAACAUUACGAGAUCCAAGAUCUCAGCUUAGACAGUUCAGCCAUAUUAAAAUGGACAUUGUUCUAAGCAAACCCAAUUUUGCUAAGCAUAUUGUAUGGGCUCCUGAAGAUUUACUCCCAGUACCUUUGCCAAAACCAGAUCCAGUAUCUUCAAUCAAUUUACCCCUUCCUCCACUUAUAGCUGACCAGCGAUUUAAUCAAUUAAGGAAUAGCAAAAAUGAUUCUAUCCUAAGUACAGUUCCAUCUGAUCCACGACUAGCAGCAAAAUCAAAAAAUAAUAUAAAUUUAGCGAACAGGAGUGGAUCUUUGGAGCACUCUUCAGAUUUGCAUCCUGGUAAUACAAAUAAACUAGGAGAUCCUCGCUUACAAAAAUCCACUGAUCCCAGGCUGCAUAGACUAUCCAGUACAGACUCCUAUCAUGGAACGGUGAAGGAUCUUUUGCCUUCAAAAACUGAUCCUAGGUUGGCCAGAACCAGCACUAGUACAUCACAGUCCUCGGAAGCUGCAAUCUUCCAGUCUGACUCAGAUACAUUGCCUCCAUAUGCACCUAAGUUGUCAUCUGCAAGUUCCAAACUAGGCACUUCUAGUUCAAUAAUAAGUGGCAUUAGUUUGUAUGAUCCAAGAAAUCAUACUUCAUUGGAUUCUUCUCCAGUUAAUUCCGGAGAGAAUGGAGAAAACCAGAAAAAGGGUAUUUUGAAAAACACUGGUCAGAAUGAAGUAGCCACCUCAGAAGAACAGUUGCCUCAAAAAGCAUCCCUGCAUGUAGAAAAACAUGUGGAAGCAUUUGGGGAAAACAAUUCAGAGAAAGUAGCUAAUCUGAAUAAAUCUCAGGCUAAACACUCCAGUUCUGCGCCAGCGGUGCACAACCUUCCUAUCCAAGCUUUAUCAGGGUUAAUCAGACCACAAUAUAGUGAUCAGAGGCAAGUAAGGCAGCCUGGGCAGAUCACUCCAGCACUAGAGAAUGAUCCAAAUGGGGAAUCGGAUGACAAAUCGCUGAAAGAUGUUUUCAAGACUUUUGACCCAACUGCUUCACCUUUUUGUUAGCUAAUUGUUAAGAUUUUUUACCAUUGUGAAUAAUGCCGGUUUCCACAGUUUUGUAACUGGGUUUACCUCUAUGCUUUAUUUAUUUUUAAAUUAUAACCAGAAAUACUUUGGGGCUGCUAUUUUCAGAACCACAUGCAGUAAUACUAUAGUGUUUGCCAAUUUGGUAUUUUCUAUGUAAGUUUCCCAUUUCAGGGAUAUGAAUCAUUGAUCCGUUUAAAUAAAAGUAUAUAUCAUGUUAGGUCCGAGAGAAGCACUUUCAUUGUAAAUCAUCAUUAAGGGGUUCAAUUUAAAGACUUGUAUAUGUGUAAUGUGUCUUUUCAAAAUCAGCAUUUUAUGUUUGCCACUUUUGUAUGAUUGUACAGUUUUAAGCAAUAUAAUGUACAUUACUAUGAGAAACAUUAUUUAAGAUGAUAAUUAUCUAAUCUUCUUAAGCCCAAAUUGCUAAGCAUUUGACACAGGGCAACAUUUUUUACUCAUGAAACGGAUAUUCUUAGCCUAAAAAAUACUGUAUUACAUACUGAGGAGCAGAAUAAACUUUUUAAAGUAUUUUAUUCUAUGCUGUAUAUAUGCAAAGGACAUAACUAAAACAUUAUUGUUAAAAUAGAAAACACCUAGGUCUAUAAAAUGUAUUUACUUUUUCAUGUAUACCCUAUUCUCUAUUGUGUUAUGUCACAUUGUGGUGUUCAUGUAUUCAAUGUAUUUUUGUAUUCAGCUACUUAAUUUGUAUUGCUUUUUUGUAUUGAUGUAAUGACAGUAACAUGUAUUCAUGUGUCUGGCAUUUUUAACAAAUUAAAAGAGUGAAAUCUC